AUGCAGAUCUCACCCUUGCUGGCUGGUGGACUUUUAUUCGUUCUGCUCUCCGUCAGCCUGGAAGCGAAGCCGGCGUCUCAGCUCCCACAGAAGGCCUCCCGCGGCUCGGCAGCGGCGGCGGGUCCGCCCGAGGCGGCGGCGGCGGAGCGGGAGAAGGAGCGGGACAAGGAGCGCAGCAGCAGCGGCGGCGGCGGCGGCGGAUCGGGCCCGCGGGAGGCGCGGGAGGCGCGAGCCGAAGCGCGGCCGCGGGCGGGCUGGGCGCGGCUGCUGCAGGACCCGCCGGGCCGCCGCCACAAGGGCCUCCAUAAGAAGGGCCUGGGCAAGGGCUGCUUCGGCCUCAAGCUGGACCGCAUCGGCGCCAUGAGCGGCCUCGGCUGCUGA